CAGAGGUUGGAGGGGCAGAGGCAGUUGGCCUAGAAGUGGUUGUGGUCAUGGAAGGGGGCAAAGGUUGCAGAGGCUGGAGGACCAAAAGUACCGAAUCCAGUUUGGUGAUUUGGGUGUAGAGUUGGCAUCGUUGAAGAAUGGGGACAGACAGUGGUUCUUUUUCAGCCCCCGAGACAGGAAGUAUCCAAAUGGUUCAAGGGUAAACAGAGCUACUAGGCAAGGCUAUUGGAAGGCAACAGGAAAUGAUCGUACAAUUUCCUGCAAUUCACGUUAUGUUGGGAUUAAGGAAACUUUGGUUUUCUACAGGGGGCGUGCACCCACUGGUCAGCGAACUGAAUGGGUGAUGCAUGAGUACGUAUUGGAGGAAGAUGAGCUUAAGAGUUGUCAAAAUGUCCAUGACUAUUAUGUGUUUUACAAAUUGUUUAAGAAGAGUGGACCUGGUCCUAAGAAUGGACAGCAUUAUGGAGCCCCUUUUAGAGAGGAGGAUUGGGCUGGUGAUGAAUUUGUGAAAACCACUAGUAAGUUUGACAUGGUGUCUGGUGAUCACAGUGGGGACGGAGUUCCUCCUGCAGAUAGCUGUAGAAACGCGCAGGUAGAUCCCUCGUUGGUUGAUGUUGUGGAGCUUUUGAACAACAUAGUUGAUGAUCAGGCACAAUUGCCAGUAAAUCUUGAUGACUUUGAACAGGCACUAACUCAGUUUCUUGGAGAAGAAGAGACUCAUAGCACUGUUGUUAAUGGAUCAAUUGAGGAUCUGGUAUAUUCUGAGCUUUUAAUGAUGUAUUAUCCAGGCUCUCAACAAGAUAAUUUGGAUUCAAGCUUUAUUGCUGAGCAGUCGUGGGAUAAAACUGAGGCAGCAUUUACUGCACGGUCUGAAUUCAGUCAGUAUCCAGAGCUCUUAGAUCUUCAGUUUCCCGAGGAAGGUAUUCUUGAGAUGGAUGAUCUUCUUGGCACAGGGCCUGUGCAGUUUCCCCCAGCAAGUGACGGGAUCUCAGGGAAUGCCCAGCUGAGAGAGUAUGAUGGGUUUGAUUUGUUUAAUGACUCUGACCUCUUCCUUGGUGAUUUUACAUCUAAUAAUCAAACAGUAAAUCCAUCUCAGCAUCAAAGGCUGCCGGAAAAUGAUUUUGUUGGCCAAUCCCCAAAUUCUGUCCCUACUUCUGGGAAUGAGAUGUGGAACUUCAGAGCAAAUAAUUGUAUUCACAACUCCACAGAGGGACACAAAGGAACUAUGCCUUUACCAGUGACAGGUGCUGUGUAUGCUGGUGUUUCUACAAGUAGCGCCUCACAACAAUACCAGAAUCAGAAGAACAAACAGAAUGAAGGGUCUCAAAGUCUUUUACAUUAUGAUCAUUUAUGGAAGCGAUACCUGGUGACCCUGCAUCAGCCGCUGAAAGCGUGAUGGUUAAACCGAGGAUGGCUAGUUUUAGUAGGGUAAGAAUUGAUUCUAAAAGCACUAUCACUUCUUCAGCUGGUAGAGCUCCCGAUAUCGUAAGUGCAAUUGUAGGAGGCAGGGUAAAUGGUUUGUUCUUAUUGCCAUUUCUGGCAGCCUUGUUUGCUAGAAUGUGUGUUUAUUGGUUCACAUUCUAGUGUGUUUGGAAAAUUGCGUUGUCGUAUGAAGUGCAGGUGAGUAAUAAAGCCCUGCACCUGUUUAUUGACAUGAAAUGUCUAUGUUUCUCUACUGUUAAUAGAGUUUUAGUAUU